AUGUCUUUGCUACCUACAACGCGGAGCUCGAGUUCCGGCUCCAGCGACCACGGUCUCGACGACGCCGCCCUGAGCAGCUAUCUCGGUCGUGUUCACGAGGUCCCGGGUCUGAGAGUACCGGUAAAGACGACCAAAAUCGGCUACGGACAGAGCAAUCCCACGUAUUUUGUCGACGAUGCCGUUGGUACACGUUUCGUGUUACGGAAGAAGCCCGCCGGGCCGCUCAUCAGUCCCGUGGCGCAUCAAGUUGACCGUGAGUUCAAGGUGUUGCAGGGCCUGGGAAUGGUCCACGGGUUUCCCGUGCCAAAGGUGUAUCUUCUCUGCAUGGAUCCGGCCGUCAUUGGGACCGAGUUCUACAUCAUGGAGUUUAUCUCGGGUAGAAUCAUCAAGGAUCUCGACCUAGGAGAGCUACCCCUGGCAGAAAGACGACAAGCCUGGUUCUCUCUGAUCGAAACGCUCGGGUGGCUCCAUUCGUUGGAUCCGGACUCUCUCGGGCUUCAGAAUUAUGGAAAGAAGGCAGACUUUUACAAACGGCAAUGUAACACGUUCUCGCGCAUUGAAGCCCAGCAGGCGGCCGUCAAAGACAAGACAACGGGUGAGGUGCUAGGACGCGCACACGCAGGCUUCGACGAGGUGAUAUCCUACGUCCGGGACCAUUUGCCCGGGAAUCGGGUCGCCAUUGUGCACGGCGACUUCAAAUUCGACAACGUAAUCCUUCAUCCGACCCAGCCACGCGUCAUCGGCAUUCUCGACUGGGAGCUUUCCACCAUCGGCCACCCGCUGAUGGACCUUGCCUUCACGCUCAGUCCGUUCUGGAACGAACACUACAAGAUCGGCCGGCCACGCUCCCAGUACCACGAGUCUCCGUACACGGACGCCAACCGCGAGGCUUCCGGCAUGCCAACGGCCGAUGAACUGCUGGAUCGAUACAGUACGAUGGUCGGCUUCGACCCUCGCACCGAGGGCAAUGGACAGGAUUGGGAAGUGGCCAAAAUCUUCCAGCACGUUCGAGGGGCUACUAUCAGCCACGGCAUCAAGGCCCGGACCUUCCGGGGACAGGCGAGCAGUGAAUCAAGCCAUAUCUACUUUGAUCACACGCCCAAAAGCCUCGAAACGGCGUUGGCCGCCGUGCGGGCGUUGAAAGCUGGACAAGGUGUAAAGGCCAAGUUGUGA